AUGGACAAUAUGGCGUCCAAUGUGUCUUUACGCAGCAACAAACAGAGAAAAGACAAUCUAAUUACCAGGAAACAGGACAAGAGCCCCGAGAAAACCAUAAGGGGUACGAGGGGUGCUUAUCGAGGGAUACCAUCGACUUCGAAGCGCGACGAGGAUGCCGAAGGCUCCACAGAGAGGUUGGACAGGCCAAAAAAGUUCAUAUCCCAGAACAAAAGCAACUAUGGACUGGGCAAGAGGCCUGAUUUCUCGUUGAAGAACAGGAACGUACAUUUGGCAUCCUCACGAUAUGGACAGAUGACAUCAGGUCUUCACGGCCACGGCCAUCAGAUAUCGCAACAGGCGCACCAUCUCGACUCCUCUGUACUUAACACCAAAGAAAAGACUGUGCAUGGCAAAGAAAAGACCUUCAAGGUUGUGGUGGGGGGCGAGGUGGGUGUGAUGAAGACGCCGGUGCUGGGCGCGCGGCCCUACAAUGCGCUGGCGAUCAUCCACACUCAACAGAGCAACACCUUUGAUAUGCUCAACUCGCUUACCACUAGCGUGGCCAGUCAACCAGUAGUGGGAGUGGGCGUGGGCGGGUACAGACGACGUAGCUCGGGGCAGGGCGCCAUCUGCGACCCGGAGCUGGACGAUAGUGGCAACAAGCUGGUGGCCAGGUUGGAAGACGACGCCUUUAUAUCUGAACAAGACCUGGAGGAGAACAUCGAAAUAGCGGCGGCCACUGAAAAGGGUGCACCCAUCAUCCCCCCUCCACCCCCUGACGCGGGGCAGGAACAACCUCAAGAACCGCAAAAUGGUAUAGUUUUCGACUACAAGCUGGAUAACCUCGAAGAUAAAGACAAGGAGAAGAUCGAUAAGGAGGAUGAGGAGGAGCCCAUCGGUGUGUCCCCGUGUGGGAGGUUUUUCAAAUACGACAAGGAGGUGGGCCGCGGGUCGUUCAAGACGGUGUACCACGGGCUCGACACGCAGACCGGCGUCGCUGUGGCGUGGUGUGAGUUGCUGGAGAAAAAGCUCAACAAGACCGAGCGCCUCCGCUUCAGGGAAGAGGCGGAUAUGCUGAAGAAAUUGCAGCAUCCAAACAUCGUGCGCUUCUACAACUACUGGGAAGGGACGGUUGCUAAGAAGAAGAAUAUAGUGCUCAUAACUGAGCUGAUGGUCUCUGGCACGUUGAAAACAUACUUACGGCGGUUCAAACGAAUCAACCCCAAGGUCCUCAAGUCGUGGUGCCGCCAGAUCCUCAAAGGGCUAAACUUCCUUCACUCUAGAACACCACCUAUUAUACAUAGAGAUCUGAAAUGCGACAAUAUCUUCAUAACGGGCACGACAGGUAGCGUGAAGAUCGGCGACCUGGGGCUCGCUACUCUCAAGAAUAGGAGUUUUGCCAAGUCGGUUAUUGGCACGCCGGAGUUCAUGGCGCCGGAGAUGUACGAGGAGCACUACGACGAGUCGGUGGACGUGUACGCGUUCGGCAUGUGCAUGCUGGAGAUGGCCACCGGCGAGUACCCCUACAGCGAGUGCAGCGGGCCCGCGCAGAUAUACAAGAAAGUUGUCUCGGGUGUUAAGCCGCAAAGUUUAGAAAAAGUCACAAUACCAGAAGUCAAAGAUAUCAUAGAGUCAUGCAUUAGGCCGAAUAAAGCUGACAGGCCAAAAGUAAAAGAUCUCUUGAACCACGAGUUCUUCGGCGAGGACAUCGGGCUGCGGCUGGAGAUCGUCGGGCGCGAUCUCGUCACCUCCUCCGACAUCACCAAGAUACAGUUUCGGUUAAAAAUCAUCGAUCCUAAAAAACGAUCGUACACUCACAAAGAGAACGAGGCGAUCCAAUUCGAGUUCGACAUGGAGAAUGACGACUGCGAAGAAGUGGCAAAAGACAUGGCGAAGGCUGGUCUCAUCAUGGAGGAGGACGCUCGUAUAGUUUUCAAACUGCUCAAGUCACAGUUAAUUAGUCUUAAUCGUGAGAGGAGUGAGAAGAAAGCCCAAAUGUUAUUCAACCAAGAGCAGAUCAACGAGCAGAAUAGACAGCAGCAGUUGCUGUUAGAACAGCAAUUAAGACAGGUGAAAAUGAUCCAAAAUCAAGGACCUGUUGAACAAAUGAAGACUGGACUGUUAAAUGGCGUGGGUUCACAGCCAACUUUAGUCGCCGUGCAACUGGAUCAACAAUCACAGCUAUUGCAAGCACAACAGCAACUCCUGCAACAUCAGUUCCAGCAACACCUUACCAACGAAGAGAACGCAGCAAUGAAACUCUUCCAACAAAAUCUCAUACAAGCGCGCAUGUCCCCGUCCCUCACACCAGACCAGCAGUUGUUGCAGCAGCAGCACCACCUUCUAGAACACAACCUGAAACAACAUCAGCAAGCAAUGAUGGAACAGAAUUAUCUUAACCAGCAAAUGCUUGAGCAAACUGUUACCAAUCAAGUGCUAAUGGAACAACAAGCCCAGCAAGGCUUCCUUGAACAACAGCAGAAUCAAUUUCAACCGAAUCUGCUAAAUCAACAAUUUGUAGCCAACGAGAUUAAUAAUCAAAAUCAAGCAUUGCAGCAUAAAAUUAUUCAGCAGCAACAAAAUAUUAUCGCACAUCAAGCGGCUGCCAUUCAUCAGAAACAGUUGGAGGAGCAAUUGACGGCCCAGGAGAAUAUUAUAACUGGGCCGCAACCGAAUCUCGUUACUGGUCAAGUUUUAGAUCCAUCUCUUCAGAAUUUACAAAACAUCCUGGCACAGAUAAUUCAUAGGCCAGACACUUUGCAAUCGAGAAAGGAUUCGGAAUCUGAGCAAAUGCAACAGCACCAAGUGCAGCAGCAACAGCAACAACAACAGCAGCAGCAGCAACAACAACAACAGCAGCAGCAACAACAGCAGCAGCAGCAACAACAGCAGCAGCAACAACAACAACAGCAACAACAACAGCAGCAGCAACAAAUACAUCAGCAACAGACCGACCAGAACACUGAAGUCCAACAAGCGGCUCAACAAGAACAAGAUAUGCAACAACAUAAUAUGUUAAAUGCGCAAAUGCAGCAGCCGACUAGUCAAGGAAUGUCGUUCCAACAAAACCAACAAUAUAUACAACCUAAUUUAUUAGCAGCAGCUGUAGAUCCUCAGAUUCUUGUGCAGCAACAGCAAGUUGCGCAAGCGCAGCAACAGAUGGCGCAAGCGCAGCAACAACUUAACAUGCAAAAACAAAUGCUGGCGCAACAACAACUAGUUUUACAACAACAGCUGAUCAACCAACAGCAGUUGCAGAUACCGGGACAGACGCUGUCGCCGCAACACAUUAGGAACUUACAGCAGCAACAGUUUUUAGCGCAACAGGAAUUGCAACUCCAAACACAACAGAAUCUAAUAGAUCAACAAAAUCUAGCCUUGCUGGCACAGAAACAGCAACUAAUGGGUCAGCAGCAGCAGAAAGUUGAGGAGAUAUUGAGAGCUCAACGCCCAAUAUACACGCGCCAAGGAUCUGAACAAAGCCAAAUAAGCUCUGUCGAUGUACACGAUCAACAACCUCUAGUCGCCGACCAGUAUCAGCAGAAACCGCCAUUACAGCCACAGAUGUCGAUGGAUCAGAAUCAGAUGCAGUAUCAGAACCAGUAUGUAGAACAGAAACAACACAUUCAAAAGCAACCUUCCGAGGAACAACAGUACCAGCCACAGCAAGUCCAUCAGAUGCAAGGACAGUCCCUCCCUCACAACAUGAUGGCGCAGAACUUCAACAUGGUUCAGCAGACGGAAAGGCAGAUAUCUAGUCACGAAGGCACGCCAGUGCAGCAUUACACUGCCAAUCCUCUGCAAAUGUACCAAAAUCAACCAGUGCAAAUGCAAAAUGUCUACAAACCGGUAGAAACGUCAAUACCCUCGUCAGUUCCUGCUUCCCUAACACAUCAGCCCUCUGUAUCUCAAUAUCAACAAGAAAAUAUACCCACGUCUCUCCCUGCAUCUAUGCCAGCACCGGUGCCUCAAGAAGUGGAACCUCCGACGAGCCAAGUUCAAGAAUCAGUUCCUCAGCAGUUAAGUAUUCAGUCGGAUGAUGGGUACGUCCCUAACGGCUGUCAGAAAGAGCAGUUCCACACGCCCAUGACAGAGUUUCCAUCAGGCGCAACACAUCAGGACGCGAUGAGGCAGCCCGAGUUGAGUUCUGUAGAAGAAAAGCAACCAGAAACUCAGCAACAGGAUGUUGGUACUGCUGUGCCGUCCCCCAUUGCUGCUGAGAAGAAAUCCCGGGGGUCCAAGAAGCGCUCUAGGGAAAAGGAGAAGUUUCCACGUCUCACUGUACUCUCUGUUAGCGAUGAUAGCACCGUCGUAGAGUGCCAACUUGAAUCAAAAUCUAAGACUGUCACAUUCAAAUUCCAUGUUCCUGAUGUAAAUCCCGAGGAGUUGGCCAAUAAUUUCGUGGCAAAUAACCUCCUCCCCGAGUGGCAAAGCAGCCCCUUUACAGAGCUCAUAGGCGACAUCGUACGGCAGUUGCGCGAGCCCGCGCCCCGUGCACCUCUCGCGCAUCCCGCGGAACGGUUGCGACUCAACAUUGAUAAGACGGAUUACGACUCCGAGACAACAGAGCGCGAUGACAACCUAACGGAUUCCAACCAGGACAACUCGGAGUGCACCACGCCCACCGCCUCGCAGGACAGCAUCGCGCUGGCCGAGCUCGCGGACGAGCCCGAGCCGCCGCCGUUGCCCGCUCCGGCCCCGGCCCCGGCCUCCGCCUCCGCCCCCGCGCCCGCCCCGGUUUCCGCCCCCGCGCCGGCAGACACGCUGGCUAGGAAGAUUAGCACCGCUUCGUCUAUAGGUUCCAAUCAGUCCGAUGGUGGAUCUGUACCGGAUCGAUCCGGUAGCAUUGAAUCCAACGGAGAGAAAAAAUCACAGAAACCUACUCGGAAGAUAUCAAGAUUUGUAGUCAGCCCUGUCGUAGAUCGUACCGAAGAUGUGAGUGAGGAAAAAGCUGCUGAAAAAUCUUCCAUUGAACCAGAAAAGACAAUGGAACCCCCUAAAGCAGAUUUCGUCAAAGAACCCCCUAAAGAAAUUCCUCAAGUUAAUGGGUUACCCGAACCAGAACUCCCCACUCCUGUCCCGCAACCCGAACCGAUACCUGCACAACCAGAACAGUCCAUACCGAAGCAAGUCACUCAAGCCAUUCCUCCAGAAAAGUUCGUUCCCACCCACCAGUACCAGCUGCCUUCACAGCUAUCUCACACCCCCCAAACCAUCACGGACCACAUUCUAGUCGAUCUAAAACAAAUGAACGAACCAUCUAACGUACCUAUGCCCUUAACCACAGCCCAAGCCAUAACCGCCUCUAUGCCAACAAACUUACAGUCCACAAUACCACACACUAUGCCUUUCCAAAGUACUAUCAAUCCUACAUUAUUAAAUGGUACGUUACAGCCGAAUUUAACUAAUUUGACGACUCCGUUACAAAUAGCAACUGAUACUCCAUUACUCGGAUUAAGUCAAGUGGGGACUCCCAUGGGGGUUGGGGCCGAUUUGGGAUUGAACAUAGGCCUGGGACAGGUAGCCCCGCUAGCUGACCCCAUGGCGUUGAGUAGGCUUCAGCUCACACAAUCGACCUUGACCCCGACCCCUGGAGUCAAUGACAAUUUGGCGAAUGUGGAGAAUAUACAGAGGAUGCUGUUGAAGCAGAAUAUAAUAAAUCAACAACAGAAUCUCUCGGGCCCUAACCUGCUGGGUUUACUCAACGCGCCACAGUUCCCGCAGCCGGACCUCGGACUGCACAACAAUCUGCUCGCUAACGCGCAACCCGGUAUGUACGGGAUGUCCCGGUUGCCGUACGCUCCCCCGCGCUACUACCCUCCUAUGUUGGCCACAGCUAAUGAUCUUAUAGUCCAGCAACAAGUCCUUCAAACUUCAGUUGGGCACCAGCCAAUGUCGCCGUUUGGUCUGGGCUUGGGCCUGGGCGGACCCCUGCAGCCGGGGCUUGCGGCACAGAACCUCGGCCUUCAACAGAACAUUGGUCUGGCGGGGCAGAACUUGGCCCUUAACCAGAACCUGAUGAAUCAGAAUCUGGGGCAAAAUUUAGGUCUAUCAAGUCAGAACUUAGGUUUAGGCGGUCAGAAUCUCAUGGGGAGUCAGAACCUCGGGCUGGGCGGUCAGGCGCUUGGCCUCGGCGGGCAGAAUCUGUCUCUGAUGGGGCAGAACCUGGGCCAUUUCGUGGCGCAGAGGGCGGUGCACAAUGCUUUAGCGAGAAGGGUCGUUGACAUGGAGAUGGUAAUAGCAAAUAUAAACAAAACAGGCAUGGCGAAUGUCAACUCGACGGGCUCGACGCAAUCAAGCUCGCCUAGCAAGAAUCAACCCUACAGCGACUAUAUGAUGACGCUGCAGAACAAAAUGGCCUCCAUAUCUAAUAGUGGGCCCGUGUCGCCGCAGUCCCCGCUGGAGUACAGCCCCGCGCUGUCGCCCACGCACCGCCAGGCGCAAGGACUUAAGCGCGAGUGUGUGGAGGGCGCGGAGGGCGCGGCGGCGGCGGAGGGCGCGGAGGAGGGCGGGGAGGACUCGCACGCGCGCCGCAUCGCGCACCUCGACCACGAGCUCAGCAAGAUCAGCUUGCACUACAAGCAUGGCGCUCCCAAGGACGCGUACGGCGAGCACGGUGCCGCCAUAUUGGCUGCAAAUAUCAGCGACACGGCUGUCAACGCCUAUGAAGACAAAGGCAGCAUAGCGGACAUGAGUGGAGCGCGCGCGGGCGGCCGCUUCCAGGUGUCGCGCGCCGCGCCGCUGCGCAGCUACGCGCUGUGCCGCCUGCUGCCCGACACGCCCAGGCAUGGAAAAGACAAAAUAGAUCUCUCUCAAACCCAGUUCGGCGGAGAAAACGCUCUAGACGAGCUCUCUUGUGACAAUACGUCGCUGUGCGAGGAUGCGGGCGAUGUGCCGCACGCCGACGCCGAGGCCGACAUCGCCGAUGCGGAAGCCGACCUGGCCGACAUGGCCGACGCGGAGCUGGCCGACAUGGCUGACACCGACACGUACGUGCUGACCGACAGGGCGCGCGUGCGGACCUACGUGCUGGAGGACGCUCUCGCGUGUAAGAAGCAUGUCAUACUGGAUCCGGCGCCGUUGCAGAACGAUACGCGACCGAGUCCCGGCGAAGUGGAAGAACACGAGCACAGCUACUUAAUCCUAGACCCUGUGCGCGACCUCACCUGCACUGUUCUAGACCGCUCUCUGGCGUUGGACGAAGGCUUCACCAGCUUCGUAGAGAGCAAGUACCGACCUCAGCCAACCAACGAGGCGGGCGAGAGGCUCUCCGUGAGCGAGGAGCUGGGCCGUUGGCGGGGGGCCCUCACGGCGCUGGGGGCCUUCAGUGAGGGCCCACCCGCGCCCUCCGCCCCUGUCCUCAGCCCCCCGCGACUCUUCAAGGACGUGACCGCGGCCGAACUGGUCGGCGAGCUGUUCGUCGACGAGGCGUUGACGGAUAAAGCGCUGUGCCGGCAGGUGGUGGUGGUGGCGGCGCGUCCCCACUCA